AUGGCCGACGCCGUCGAAGCUGCUAAGCGCGCUGCCGCAAAGACCGCCGUCGCGAAUCACUACCCGGAAAACGCUCGCUGGGUCGGCAUUGGCAGCGGUACGACUAUCGUCUACGUCGUCGAGGCUAUCAAGGCUCUCGGUGUCGAUACCUCCAACACCCGCUAUGUGCCCACGGGUUACCAGUCGCGCCAGCUGAUUAUCAGCGCUGGUCUGACGGCUGUUGAGUUUGACGCUAUCCCCGCGGGUACCGUGCUGGACGUCGCAUUCGACGGCGCCGACGAGGUCGACGAUGACUUGAACUGCAUCAAGGGCGGCGGUGCCUGUCUCUUCCAGGAGAAGCUUGUCGCUAUGCAAGCGAAGCAGUUCAUCUGCGUUGCUGACUCUCGUAAACUCCAAUCCCGCCUCCUCACCAACUGGAAAUACAUCCCCAUCGAAGUCGCUCCCAUCGCUGCCUACCGCGUUCUGAACAAACUCCUCGAACUCGGCGCCAUCAACCCCGUCAUCCGCACCAACAAGGACCUCAAGCAAGGCCCCCUCAAGACCGAUCAGGAUUUCUUCCUCAUUGACGCCCCCUUCAAGCCCCUUCUGACCAAGGCCGAUGUCGCCAGUGGCCAGGACGGCUCUGGUAAGGACGGUGUUUGGGAGGUGAAUGCGCUUUCCCGGGAGAUCAAGCAGAUCACCGGUGUCCUGGAUGUGGGUAUUUUCUCGGGUCUGACUGGACCCGAGGCUACCGCUGCUGGUGGGGUUGGUGGUCAGCGGCCUGUUGCAGCGUACUUUGGUAUGCCUGAUGGGUCUGUGUCGGUGCGGAAGGCGCUUUAG